UCAAUAUACACAUCCGAAAGGAACUAUACUAUGUUUUUUAGCGAGUCCAUCGAGCUGUCGUGUGGUGUAGGCCGUCCAAAUCCGAACUUCCAGCGACUGAUUCCUUUCAUAGAGCCCCCUAGCGAUGAGUAUGAGGGUCCCGGAAGCCAGGCCCCGGCACUUCUCGACCUCUCCCUGGUAAAGAUCCAGCAGGACAGUUACAGAUUAACAACACCGCACAAGCCAUCGGGGAAGAAGCCUUCGGAGGACUUUGUCAGGGCCACCAUCGUGGAUGUGGAUCCCCUAACGGGUGGGCCCUGGUUGCGGCACAAGAUCUUUUAUCGGUCAUCUCCCCGAAAAGUGCAGCCGCACUCCUCGCUGAAGCGUCGCCAAAAGAUGACCAAUUUGGUUACGUCCACUAUGCUCAAGAAGAGUUUACCGGAAAAUUUCACGGAGCCGCUGGAAAACACUGACAGGGAAAUGAAGGUUCUCUGGAGGCGUGGACAGUCCCCACCGAACAACUUUAUUAACCUGGAGCCUCGUCCGGUUCCGGCCAUGAUCGAGAUUCUAGGGCCGAAGAAUCUCCUAGAGACAAAGUCAGAACAAAGCGACACAGAGCUGAGCUCCAUCAAUUUGGAGGAGUCCAUGUAUUCUUCACUCCCACCAUUUCUAUCUCGCGUAGACCCGAUUGAUAUGCCCUGCAGCCAAACCACUGUCCACGUCCGUACGGAGCUGAUUUAUGAAAUAUCCGGGGCUUCCAUACAACAAUCGAUAGAGUUCAAUCAUCUGGAGGAAGAGUUUGAAGCGAAGAAUAUGCUAGACGAUCUAGAUACCCAAGAGCCGUGUGAGUCUGCUUGUAAAAUGUUUGAAACAGACGACUCUUUGAAGGAACUGGGACCCAAUUCCAUCACUACAGAGAUGAUUGGCGAUACGAUUGGGGGAUCGAUCAACCACCAGCCACCAACGACAGCCACCACUUUGGACGAGGUCCAGCAGCACAUGCGGGAACGGGUUAAGGUGACAGCCGAGAAGCUGACCAAAAAAUUGGAGUCCCUCGCUGAACAGUUGCCGCGCAUGUUCCAGCAGGAGAAGAGCGUCUCCACAGCCACUCAAUUGCCAGAAUGUCAUCCCAGGCUAGGAGCAGGAGCAGUCUCAGUAACGUUUCUCAUGAAGAACGAGGCAGCUUGUCAGAGAAGACGCGUCGUCCAUUGUCUUCCGAUAGUUCACGAGCCUCUAUGCGAAUUCAACUCGGCAGAUAGCGUGACGGUGGUUAAGCCUACACCUAAGCAUCAAGCGAGUGGAACUCAACGUGAUGUCCAAAAAAAGGAGCAGACGUCUGGAGCAUCCCUGACCCUUUCUGUGGGGCGCGACACGCUGCAGGCGCUAGAUCGCGGAGCCAUUCCAGAGACAGAGGAACCAAGUUGCAGUCAUGCGUAGGAGUCGUGUCAGUGAUACGCUGCUCUCGACAAAUAAAACUUUGUUUAUUUAGUGACAUAUUCAAUAAAUUAAUAAGUAAGAGACGGCACAAACUCAAA